AAGAGGGGCGCAAGUUUCGAAAAUAUGGCGUAGAUAUCUCGUUUCUGUUAUUGUUGUGGAUUAUUAUUGUUUUCCCCACUGCUGGAGGCCUUGUCAAACUUGUUUAUGCAGAACCCAUUGGUUUUAUGAGAGCGUUAUUCACGACCAUUAUUAUUAAUGACUUGAAUUCAACAUUUUGCUAAUGGAUGUCGACACAGAAGCAUCUUUGCCAUGCGUGACUUCGCGUGAUCAUCGUUUCGUGUCUGCUAAAAGGCCAAGAACAGAUGAAACAGGUCAACAUCAUUGUCCCGCAAACUCACGCGAUGGUUUUCACCAACACGAAACCGAGAACGGCUUGUUCUCGAAGAGAUCUGACGCAUCGCAAAUGCCUGCUGGGUGCUCUUGGCAGGGCUGUCGUAGAUUUUUGACAAUCCACGCUGGUUGUUCAAUUUUUGAGUCCGAAGAUUGUCGACCUAAAGGUGAAACCCUGUACACGCCUUUGCGGGAAGAUGUCAUCAUUAACACAAGAAAUAUUGAGCAGUUUACUUUUGCAAAUGGUUCUUUCUUUAUUGGCGACGAGUCAUCAAGAUUCAGGAAGACUGUACAAGGUAAGCUAUAUAGCUACUAAUGGCAAGAGAAGUGGCGCACGAUCGGACACGGUCUUAAAAUCUUUUCUAGAUCACUCCCGCGAACACGCCUUCCCCCCACCCCAGCAUGUUUUUGGAAGAUUUUAACACUUGCAUCAAGAAUAAGAUUUUUUAAAGAAAUUAGUGAACAAGUGGAUUAUGUAAUGCAUAUUUCCUUUAAAAACAGUUCAUUGAUUUUGAUAAUAAUUAGAUACCGUAUGGGGUAUGUGAUCAUAGCAUUGGAAUGUCAGCUACUGUACCAAUAAUAUUAUUGUGUAUUGUGUAAUUACUAGUUUGUAUGUGUGUGUCCAGAUCUACAUCUUUGUAUACUGUGUAUUGCAAAUGUUAUGCUUUGAAGCAUAAUAUACUUACAAGUAAUAAUGAUAAUUUACUGUUUGAUUAUAUAACAAUAAUUAUUCAUUGGAGUGGAGGUGGAUAGUAGCCACUAGCCACUGAUCAUGACACUGAGGUGAAUAAUUGUUUUAGUAUAUACUAAAACAGUGAGAUAAUUGAGCGCAACAAUGAUGAUUUUUAAACUCAUUUAUUGUUGCCAACGAUUACAAUUUUCGCAUGCAAUGACUGAACGGUUGCGGUCAUCGCUUUUUCUUGCCAACAAAUAAAAUGUUGAAGGCAUUUGUUUAGCUCUUGCGGGGAAAUUCCUUCAAAAGGAGUUGUGAAUUCUUUUUUUCAACUAAAUAAAGCAACGCAUUUGAAAAACGAAAAACUUUCUCACGGGUUUUAUAUAAAUUCAAGUCAAAAAUACAAAGCUUUACCUGUUAAAACUUCCAAACCGAACUUUGUCACCUUCUUCGUGUAUUUCGGGAACAGCUUGCUUGAUUAGUUAUGAAAUUUCUUUGUUUGUUACGGCAACAAACCGGGAGGGCAUUUUGCUAGCAACUUACAUGAGUUUGGCAUUGCUCACUUGGAGGAACUGGAGGUGAAUCAGUGAAUAGCACAGGAAAUUCAUUGAUUGAGUAGCCAAUCAGAGUGCGCAAAAAACACUAUCCACUGUUUUAGUGUAUACUGAAAACAAUAUUAUUGGAUGAGGUUUCUGUGAUAUCCGGAUUAAUCAAGGCCGAGGUAAGUGUUAUCAGCUGGCUCGGCUGAUAACACUUACCGAGUCCUUGUUAUUGGAAAUUAUGCAUUGCACGCACAACCUACAGAUUAGUCAAUUAUCUGCUAGCAGAUAACCAACUAAUCUGUAGGUUGCGCUGAUUUCCAAAGUUAGCUGUAGGCUCUCAGCCAAGGAGAAGACAGAUAGUGAGUACAAUGUGUAAUAGCUGGAAAGUUUUUCCCAACAGCGCACACUCUCAUUGGUUACUUUGAGGUCACAUGACAUCUCACAAAGAAACUGUUCCCCCCCACCCCCCCCCCCAAAUUUCUGAGUGGGAAACAUUGCAAAAUCUGUAAUGUCAGAGGGUAACAGUGUGUUACUUACAAAUGUUCAACAAUGACUGCAGUUAGAGCGAGGUUUAAUGAAUUUCCACCUUCAAAAUUUCCAGCUAAAGUCAACUCCCUUAAUAGUGGACCCUGUAGGGACCUCGAGCUAGUGUCCUCAUUGAUGAGAGUCCGUAAGAGUCUAUUUCAGUCAAACCUAAUUAUGGGGGUAGUAAUAUAUAGUUAUAUGUAUUUUUGUUUAUUGUUAGGUGUCUGCUUGAAUAUGUGGAGAUUUGACAGUCAGGCAAAAAAGCUUUACAUCUCAAGAUCAUUUGUGUUCUCAAAUCCACAGGUUAGUGAUACACUCAUGUAAUGGAAGGUAACAGUACUUGUACUAGUGGAUAACCAAGACACUCACAAAGACUGUUAAAUAUGAAUAGACCCAAAGAUACAUUACUGCGCUUUUCACAAACAUGGGAAUUCUGAAGUUCAAAAGCCAACUGACGAUUGCGUUUUUCACUGUCGUCAAUCAUUGUAACAAACCUCUUAGGAAACAAAACUUUACUUUAACGGGUUCAAAAGGUCAUGGUUUGUGAUUUGGGAUUGGUGGAUUUCAAUCCGUUUUGUGUGUUUCUGUGUUUCAAGGUUCGUUGCUUGUGAUGGUAAUUUUGAUUGAUGGCAGCGAAAAACACAAUUGUGACGGUGGCUUUUGAACCUUAGAGUUCGCAUGUUUGUGAAAGGCGCAGCAAAAUAUUAUUUCUCAAAAUUUGUACUCGACACUGAGGUUAAGGGGGAUAAAAUAAAAUAAAUUACCUCAAGCGAGUGAAUAAUGAAGUCAUGUCUCUAUAGUUCUAUUCAGGUAGGCUCCACCCCAAUGAGUAAGCCCAUUACCCUUUUAUAUACCAUUUUUAUAGGCUCCUCUUUCAUGUUCCUUCUAUCGAUAAUGGUGACCCUUUCAUAUAACUAGUUUAGAAUGCUGCAUCCUUUUUAACUGUUGUAAAUGUAGUGCCUUUUAAAUAUGAAUAAAUCACUUAACCUGGAAAUACACUUGACAUCUUCACAGCCAAAAAAUGCAUCUGUCAGCCCUUUUUGGGUCCUUUUACAGACCAAAAUGACAGAGACUUUCCAACCCUUUUAUAUACUUCAAUGAGUGAAAUCCUCUCCCUUUUAUAUUCCUGUGGCCUAAAAAAAGGUACCCCUUUAGGGUGGAGCCUCCCCAUAUAGGCCGUAAUGGGGAGUACCUUCCCCCAAGGGUAGCACACAGGCUACCCAAGGGAACAUCUUUUGUUGGUUUUCUUGUAGCCACACUUUGUUCUAGUUGUGACUAUUGGGAGAUUUUACUAUUGCAAUUGUCAAGUAUUGCAAUAGGCCACAUAGAUAUUGCAAUAGCAUUGCGAUAAGGGAGGUACUAUUGCGAUAGUGGUGCCAUAGUUUUCGCGAAUAUCUGUUUGUACUUAAUGCCUUAUAUGUAAAGAAAUGACUAAGAAGUGGUGGUCAUACUGCUCCAGUGUUCUCCCCAGGUAUUUCAGGCCAGGUGGGCCUCCUGGCUUGAUUCAUUGAAAAAUCGUUGCCGCCUGGCUUAAAACUGAAGAAACCUUAUGCAGUUAAACAUCUGGAACUGGGAUCCUGUCCAUAAGUAAAGAAAAAACACUCAAUAAAGUUAUUGAAACAUUGCCUAGUGUUUUUUCAUCGCACUUUUUCUCGCAAUUGAUAAGGUUUUAGCUCAUUUACUUUCAUGAAACCUGCCGCAAUAUAGUCUGCUGUUUUUUUCAUUGAACGGCGCUGUUAGCGAUAAAUUCAAGGACAUUUUAAGGGAUAUUACAUGAAAUACUAAACUAAAUUCCCACGUGGGUGGAAGGUUGUCCAAAAAUAACUGCGGAAUAGACUAAGCAACAAGAUCUUGAAUAGAUUAGGAUUUUGUCAGAAUGCCCCCUGGCCUUCCAAAGAUCCUGGGGAGAGCACUGAUACAAUACUGGUACUAUGCAGUUCAAGAAUCAAGACACUAAAACAUUCUAGGACGGUAGAUUUUUUUCAGGUUCUUUUUUACUGUUAUUGUGACCUUAAGAAUUAAAGAUGGGUAAAAAAGGGUGCCUUUAUUAUCCAAAGAAGUCAAAACGUUAGUAGUAUAGAAAAUAUUGAAACUAUUGAUAGUUUGCUACAUCAUGAUUGUUAUCGAUGUUUCAUUUUUGCUAUCGCAGCGUUAAUAUUGCUUAUUUGUUUUUUUUUUUCUUUCAGGAAGCUCAAGGAAUUAAGAGAAUUUUGGAGUCUAUGUAAAACUGAGUAGACACUAUUUAAUUUUAACCAAUAGGAUGCAUAUGGUUAUAAAACUGUUGAAUAAUUUUGUAGACAAAUAUUUUGGACACCAGUGGUGUAUUUUUCUAUUUUGAGUAUGAAUAAGGGCCUAAGUGCAUUUUAUUUCUUUUUUGUUGUUGUUUAUUGGAGAAUUUUGAUGUCUCUGAGGUAACAACCCAACCCCACCUCCAAACUUAACAAAUACAGAAGGGU